CACAAUGCUUGGGAGAAAAGUCCCUUCACGCUUGAAUUCCCGCGCUCUCAUUUUCUCAAGCACCAUGCACGCACACAUUAACUACCCACAACGAAAGCAACAAGAAGAAGAACCUCUGCGUGAGACGCUCUUGUCCCUCCUGAAAAAAUGUGCAUCCACCAAACAGUUGCAACAAAUACACACCCAGAUGCUCGUCAACUCCAUACACAAAUCUAAUUUCCUUCUCUCCAAAAUCAUCGACCUCAAAAACUUCACUUAUGCCUCCCUUCUCUUCUCCCAUAUCCCCCAACCCAACGACUACGCUUUCAAUGUUAUGAUCCGUGGCCUAACCAAUACAUGGCACGAAUACUCUCUCGCCCUUCAAUUCUAUUACCAAAUGAAGUUUUUGGGCAUAAAACCGAAUAAUUUUACGUACCCAUUUUUGUUCAUUGCAUGUGCGAAUCUUUUAGCGUUAAAUCAUGGCCGGGUGGCCCACUCUUCGAUAUUUAAAAUUGGGUUGGAUGCUGAUGAUCAUACAUAUCAUUCACUGAUAACAAUGUAUGCUAGGUGUGGUGAAUUGGGUUGGGCCCGUAAAGUGUUUGACGAAAUUACUGAGAGGGACUUGGUUUCCUGGAACUCCAUGAUAUCGGGGUACUCAAAGAUGGGGUACGCUGCAGAUGCGGUGAGGCUGUUUCAGGAAAUGAGGGAAGUAGGGUUUGUGCCAGAUGAAAUGACUUUAGUGAGCGUUCUUGGGGCAUGUAAGGACAUAGGGGAUUUGAGUUUGGGGAGGUGGGUGGAGGAGUUCGUUGUUGAGAAUAUGAUAGAGCUGAACUCUUAUGUGGGUUCUGCAUUAAUUGAUAUGUAUGGUAAGUGUGGGGAUUUAAUGGCGGCAAGGAGGAUUUUUGAUACUAUGGGGAAGAAAGAUGUCGUCACAUGGAAUGCCAUGAUCACGGGAUAUGCACAAAAUGGAAUGUCAGAUGAAGCAAUCAUUCUAUUUAAUCACAUGAGAGAGGUGGGUGUUAAUCCAGAUAAAAUCACGUUGGCCGGAGUGCUGUCUUCUUGUGCCUCAAUUGGGGCCCUUGAUGUUGGGAAAUGGGUUGAUACAUAUGCAUCAGAAAGAGGCUUGCAGCAUGACAUAUAUGUUGCUACUGCAUUGGUUGAUAUGUAUGCAAAGUGCGGGAGCUUAGACAAUGCACGAAGAGUCUUUGAAGGCAUGCCACAGAAAAAUGAGGUCUCUUGGAAUGCCAUGAUUUCUGCACUUGCUUUUCAUGGGCAGGCAGAAGAAGCCUUACUAUUAUUCGAGCGCAUGUCAAAGGAGGGUGGGUUUGCCUGCCCAAAUGACAUCACAUUUGUAGGAGUACUUUCUGCAUGCGUUCAUGUAGGAUUGGUUGAUGAGGGCCGUAGAUUGUUUGAUAUGAUGAGCUCGUCUUUUGGUUUGGUCCCAAAAGUCGAGCAUUACUCUUGCAUGGUUGAUCUUUUGGCACGUGCAGGACAUCUUCAUGAAGCUUGGGACUUCAUUGAGAAGAUGCCUGAAAAACCUGAUGCAGUUGUAUUGGGGGCCUUGCUUGGUGCCUGUCAGAAGCGCAAAAACACAGAUAUCAGUGAGUGGGUUGUGCAGCUGCUGCUGGAGCUGGAGCCUUCAAAUUCUGGAAAUUAUGUUAUCUCAUCAAAAAUUUUUGCAAAUUUGAAUAGGUGGCAUGAUUCAGCAAGGAUGAUAGUGUUGAUGAGACAGAGGGGUGUCAAUAAGACUCCUGGUUGCAGCUGGAUUGAGAUUGAGACUCAACUUCAUGAAUUUCAUGCUGGCGAUGAUUCACACCAUAAUUCGGCAGAAAUUUAUGAAGUACUUGAUCUGCUGUACGAGGAGCUGCAGGGGGAAGGUUACAUUCCGAAGAAUGGUGAAUUUGCUGAACCAGGAGUUGAAGGGACAAGGUUGUUACAGAAGACUGAUGAGUUAAAAACUUACUGUACUUAGCAGUCUUCUGGACCAAACAAUAUGCUUGGAAUCACAUGUUUAUAGCCUGGAGAAAUAUUGGAGUUGACAUUCAUGGAAAGAAUGGUUUCUCAAAGCCUUGUGUUGGGAUGUAAAAGCUCAGAGAGCUUGCACAUAUUCUCUGGUUAAUGAAGGGCAGUUUUGGUUCCAUUGGAGAUGUUAGAAAGAGAGCAUGGCAGGUUAUCUUUGAUAAAGGACUACUUAGAGCCUGUUUGGGAUUACGUUUGAGAAAUAUAGCUUUUAAGUCAAAAAGUGAUUUUUUGCAAAAACUUUAUUUUUAAGCUUUUGCCAAAAGUGCGUUUUGGGAAUUUUUAGAGUAAAAAAGUCAAAAAAAGUAUUUUUGGAAUUUUUUACCAAACAUGCCAACUUUUGCUUAGCACGGCUUUUUAAGUACUUUUUAAGUUUUUUAACGCAAUCCCAAACAUGCCCUUAUUCCGGUUUAGUGGCUUUUUGUCUAGGCUUUCUCCCAAUUCGGAGAAGAGCAAUGUUUUCUCAUGUGGAAUUUCAACAGGAGCAAAUUCUAAGUAUUC